AUGCCGGGCCCCGGCCUGACUGGCCCGUUGACCCUUGGCUCCCUCCUCCCAACAUGGCGGUACACCGGAAGCCAAGCAGCACCUCGGCCUCAACCGCGUCGUGCAUCGAAUCCAGAGGAAAUGCUAGCCGAUGUUCGGAAACCCGAGCCCGUCGCGUCCGCUCACUCAUCACGUCAGCCCAAGUCAGCAAACCUAGAGCCCCAAGCUUCGUCCCAACAACCCCUUCUUGAUCGCGGCCACAUGAAACCGUCAGACUGCCCGAUUUAUCCGGCCAUCAAAACCCUGGCUUUUCCCCCUCGUGCCCUUCGUCCACGGGCUCCUGCCGCCGUCGCCGUCGCCGCCCCCGCCCCCGCCCCGGCCGCCCCGGCCACUCAUCAACUACCGAGAUGGCGUCAUGCGGUCACGCUGCUUGUCGCAUCUUUCUUUCGACCUCUUUCCAUCUUCCUCAACGAUCGUUUCCAGCUUCGAUUUUCGCCACGCGCCGGCAAACAUCGCCCCUCCCCCAUCGGCCCGGUUGACACGGCAAGGUACUCCUUCGUUGUCGACUGUCCUGUCAAGUGCCGGCCCCAUGCCCCGAGAGCACACUGCCCCUCAUCCCCGUAUUCGGGCCACAAAGCUUACCGUACCCCCGAGAGACCCGGCCUCACCCGGUUUCCCGUCUCUGAUCUCCUAACGACAAUUGCAUCAAUGGGCGGUAACCUGAUCCCGCCCAUCGCCGUGGUCGCAUCCUCUCAGGAAACCACUUUUUUCGACUCGUCCCGCUGCAACCUCGAGUGUCAGCCAGACAGAGUAAGCGCACCGCCCGGGCGCGGCCAAUCGCUGCCGCCCAACCGUACCCGUAACUCUACGUCCAGAAGCCAAAUGGACCCUCCAUUCCCCUAAAUCCUGCUUCACCUACCCUUCCCUUCCCCCCCCGCUCGGACCGAACAAAAAGAUAGAG